CUCAAAUAAAUUUGUUAAUCUGUGAUUGGUGUCGUAUUCGUAAAUUUUUAUGAUUAUCCCUUAGAAAUAUUCCCUAAAACCAAAUAAUCUUGGAACAAAAUUUAUUCAUGAACAAAUAGCCAACUCGUGUUGCUAAUAUAUAAAUGACGCCAUGGCUCUGACAUUGGAUAAACUCACAAACGAGGAGAGAUUUAGUGGCGACAAUAUACUCCAGUUUUUGUUAUAUCUCCCUCUGGGCCUUAUUUUGACGGCCUUAAGAGUAGCCCUGGCGCUUGUACUCUGGAUUGCCUCGAUUGUACUGCCAAAUAAAUCGGCUGUGAGACAGCUGUUGUCUACCCUUGCUUGUUGGACGUUUGGUGUGUAUGUAAAAGUGAAAGGCAGUAGAGAUCCACGCUGCAGUGUGCUGAUCGCCAACUAUGUGUCGUGUCUAGACUCGCUCGCAGCCGCCCACACGCUCGGAACUAUAAGCUUAAGAAAAUGGAAGGUUCCACCAUUUUUUGCAUCAACACUUGGAAUUAAGAACGCUGCUCAAUUUGUUAGAAAAGAGCACUUCACAGAGAAUCCAAGUAAACCGGUGUUACUUCAGCCGGAAGGUGGUCCCACCAAUGGAAAGGGACUCCUCAAGUUCACCGACUGGUCCUUCCCUAUCGGCAACCGAGUGCAGCCCGUCGCUAUCACUGUGGAACGCCCCUUCACCAACGUGUCGGUGCACCGUCCGAACGACAAGGCGGACGUUUUCCCCUGGUGGGACGCCCUGUGGUUCCUGUGGACGCCGUGCUCCGUGUUCACGCUGCGUGCUCUACCUGCGUUGGACAGGAAGGAAGACAGUGAUCAGGUGUUCGCCGAACGAGUGAGGCAGGCCGUCGCUGAUGCUUUACAGGUAGAACUGACGGAGUACACAUGGGAAGAGGUAAACCGCGGUCCGCGCCUGCGCCGUCGCGCCGCGGCUCAGAGCGAGAUGAUGCGACGUGCGCGUCACGUCAAGGAAGUGUUGCCGCUCGUGCCGCUCAAGGACAUCGUGAAGGAGCUCGAAAAAACACGCAGCGUAGACGUAACGAUAACGAAUUUCCUCGAGGGCCUCGUCACUUACACUCCGGAAGUCGAGACGGUAAUUGAACCCCAACCUAGCACUUCCCAAGCGCCCCCCAAGUACGUAACCCCGACACCCACGGGUACUUUUCCCAAAUCAGCAAAGGAGAGACAAAUGAGCUUCCAGGAGCGGAAAGCCCAGAUGAUAGCGGAAGCGAGGAAGAGGUAUAUAGAAAAACAUGGAUUGAAAAUAGAUUGUUGAUAGUGAUUAAAUUUUGAGUUUUGUUUUUCGAGGGUAGUCUGAUAAUUUGUGCACUGACGUCUAUUGUAAUACCUGAACAACGAAACUUUUGUCAUGAUUUGCCUUAAGCGAAACUUUUGUCAUGAAUUGCCUUAAUAAUACCAGAUAGUUAAUCGAUUUAACUAAAAUAGGAAUGAAUUUACUUAAUUAAGUUGACUCUUGUGAAUUUACUAGUUCCACAGCUUACUCCGAUUAUUGGAAAAAGCAUGUCUUAUUAAACCUCAAAUAUGACGCUAUUUAGAUUGGCGUGUACCAAUAGAAUAUCAGCAGUAAUGUUAGAAAUAAAAUGGAUACAGAACGGUUUUUUUACCGUUAAAUGAAAUAGUAACAUUUAAAAUAUUUUAACGUCUGUUGAAUUUUAUUGGAGUAUUUUUGGCCUCUAGGCAAACUAUGAAUUAUGAUCGAUAGUAUAUUUACCAUACGCUCAAAGUUAUAUUAAGUAACUUGGCUAAAAUUUCGCCUUGGAAGUUAAUUUUGCGGUAGCAGAGUUUUACUUACGUUUUGGUUAAAAAAUAAAUAAAAAUUUUAAAAGUCUCGUGUUGUGACAUUAGAUUUAAAUAAAUAAGGAUUAGUUCGUUUGCGUCCUCUUACUAAAAUAGUUUCUUUUCAUACCUCUGGAACUUGAAUACUAAAUCCAUAUAGAAAAAAUUAAGAUUUUAGGAGUAACAUACAAAUUAAAAAUA